AACGGGAACCGGGGAUUUACACAGUUAAAAGGUUCUUCCCAGGAGCAGCGCCCAGAGCCGAUCGUCACCCCCGGAGUCCCGGCCCAGCACUCCGAGGGAGGGACCGGAAGAGGAAGUCCGGGCUGCAUCUCAGAGGUCCCGGUAGUGCCAGCGCAGCCUGCGCCCAGCUGCCCACCCGCGGGAUGGGGCUGCUGCGCUCCCCUCAGGCUCCCGUGGCCGCCCUGCUCUGGAGCUGCCUGCUCGGACUGACAGCUGCUCAGGAAGCCAUCCUGCACGCGUCCGCAGCAGGCAACUCUUCACUUUCCAGGGACUACUGCAUGCGUUAUGACCCCAGCUGGACACGGCUUCCAGGCUCCCUAGGAAAUGCAACUGCUCUCAGCUUGAUGAAUCUGACUGGCACGCCACUGUGCCACCCUUCUGAUAUUCCUCCCGGUGGCAUAAAGAACAAAGCAGUGGUGGUACAACGGGGACCCUGCCAUUUUCUUGAAAAAGCCAAAGUUGCACAGGAAGGUGGUGCUGAAGCAUUGCUGAUUGCCAACAGCAGCGUCCCAUUUCCUUCCUCAAGGAACAGAUCUGAAUUCCAAAAUGUGACUAUACUAAUUGCAGUUAUAAGCCAAAAAGACUUUAAAGAUAUGGAACAGACUCUUGGACAUAACAUUACCGUGAAAAUGUAUUCUCCAUCCUGGCAUGACUUUGACUAUACUAUGGUGGUUAUUUUUGUAAUUGCUGUGUUCACUGUGGCAUUAGGAGGAUACUGGAGUGGACUCAUUGAAUUGGAAACCAUGAAGGCCGCAGCCGACACUGAGGAUAAAGAGAGGAGGAAGAAGAAGGAAGAGUACUUAACCUUCAGCCCUCUUACAGUGAUUGUGUUUGUGGUCAUCUGCUGUGUAAUGAUCGUCUUACUUUACUUUUUCUACAAGUGGCUUGUUUACGUUAUGAUAGCAAUUUUUUGCAUAGCGUCAGCAAUGAGCCUGUUCAACUGUCUUGCUGCAUUGCUUCAUAGGAUGCCGUGUGGACAGUGCACGAUUUCGUGUUGUGGCAAAGACAUUAAAGUGAUCCUGGUUUUCCUUUCUGGAUUCUGCAUCUCAGUCGCUGUUGUGUGGGCUGUGUUUAGAAAUGAGGAUAGGUGGGCUUGGAUUUUACAGGAUAUCUUAGGAAUUGCUUUCUGUCUCAACUUAAUUAAAACAAUGAAGUUACCCAAUUUCAUGUCAUGUGUGAUACUGCUAGGCCUUCUCCUCAUCUAUGAUGUGUUUUUUGUCUUCAUAACACCCUUCAUCACAAAGAACGGCGAGAGCAUCAUGGUGGAACUCGCUGCUGGGCCCUUCGAGAAUGCUGAAAAGAAUGAUGGAAACUUUGUGGAAGCCACUGCUCAACACUCAGCUCCCCAUGAGAAAUUGCCAGUACUUAUCAGGGUGCCAAAACUCAUCGGUUACUCAGUGAUGAGUGUAUGCUACAUGCCCGUUUCAUUAUUGGGUUUCGGAGAUAUUAUUGUACCAGGCCUGCUGAUUGCAUAUUGUAGAAGAUUCGAUGUUCAGAAUGGUUCUUCUAUAUACUAUAUUUCAUCCACAAUUGCCUAUGCUGUUGGCAUGAUAAUUACAUUUGUUGUCCUGGCGCUGAUGAAGAGGGGGCAGCCUGCUCUCCUCUAUCUAGUACCUUGUACACUUGUUACCGUCUCAAUCGUUGCUUGGAGCCGUAAGGAAAUGAAAAAAUUCUGGAAAGGUAACAACUAUCAGGUGAUGGACCACCUGGACUAUUCGACAAAUGAAGAAAACCCUGUCGCUCCUGAUGAGCAGAUUAUACAGCAGUAAUUUCGUGGACCUACAAUGAUGUGUUAUUGAUUUUCUACAAUUAGAAUUUGGCUUUUUUUUUUUUUUCCUUUUUCCUUUUUUUUCUUUUUUUGGCGUUUUGAGACAGAGUCAGGACUGGCACUUAAAAUCCUCCUGCCUUUGCCUCCCAAAUGUUUGGGACUAUAGCUGGCAACACUGUGCCCAGCAAGUUUUAAAUCAAAGUUUGAAUUGAAAAUUGGCCACGUAUUUUUUUGCCAAUCCAUAUUUUUAUGAGCCGGUAGCAUCUAUAGUGAAAGUACAUUUUCUUUUAAUUAUCUUAAAAUUGUGCCUUCACAAUCAACUAAAAACAUAGGGUUUGUGCAGUUUUCAAAUGUAUUAUAUACAUUAUAUUUUUAUAAAAAAAAAAAAAAGCCACCCUGACCCUUCCCUGUACUUGUCUCACUAAAAUACUUCUCCAGAAUCUAAGGAUAGAUCAUGUAUAGCUGUCAAAGCAAAUUUCUGAGUGGAUGUUUUUGUAAAAUAUUUAUGCAAAUCUUAUUUCCUCUAGAGAAAUAACUACUUUAGGCUGUGCAAGAAGGCAGUUCAGCAAUGAAAAUUGGUCUUUCCUUCAUGCAGAGGUUUUAAAAAAUACACAAGGAAACAUAGACACACCCCUUUAUCGUUUAAAAUCUUUGUUUGCUUUUAUUUUUAUUUCAUGUGUAUGGAUGUUUUGCCUGUGUGCAUCUGUCUGUGUAUCACACCGAUGCCUGGUGCCCAUGGAGACCAGAGGAGGCUGUUGGAUCCCCUGGGGCUGAAGGUACAAAUGGCUGUUAGCUACCACGUGGUGGCUGGGAGUAAAACCCAGGUCCUCUGAAAGAGCAGCCAGUGCUCUUAACUGCUGAGCCAUCUCUCCAUCCUUGUAGUUUAAGUUUUUCAAAACUUGUAACCCUUGUUUUAAACUUGAGAACCCAAAUUACUUCUGGCUGCAUGUGUAUUAUAUUAAACUAUAUUUCAGAUAGAAGGAAACAUAAUGUAUAGAAAUAGUCAUUAGAAGGACACAGAAACUGAAUCUGGUUUAUAUCAGUACAGCAUUUACUUGAAGAUACAGAUUAAACUCUUACACUUACACUUAAGUUUUUUUUGUUUUUUUCUGAUCUUUGAAAUUUGAUUCUAUUGAUUAAGUAAAGUUUCAUCCUUUAAAUGUUUUUCUUAUCUGACUCGAUAUCAUGUAUAACUUGUUGUUUGCCUUGAGCACCCCGACAACCCCACGUCAUCACCCCCUAGUUUCCACUCCUUUUGUGCCCAGACAAGCACUGAGGCUAAGUGUGCUGUCAGUCAUCACUUUUCUCACACCCAGGACGAGCCAUCAGACCAGUUAGCUAAUCACUUUGAUGGUUUGCAACUUGAAAGAGAUUAUUUUCUUCUCCUCUUUUGUGAAAUCUCAGGUGUUUUUCUAGUUUUAGAGGUGAAGUUAUCUUUUAAAAAAAUUUUUUUUAACAGUUUCUCUGACAAAGUACCAAGUGACAGACAAGUCAUGACAAAAGCUCAGGAUUUUGCAUUUCUGUGUAAACAGUGCACACAAUAGGUGAACAAAUCCAGUCUUUCGUGUUAAGGCCAAUUCAUCUUAUUCAAAGGUAAAACUGGUGCAUUGAAAAAACGGGUUAGACCUUUGAUAUUUGAGCUAAAGUUCACACUAAAUGCUUUUGUUUAACUGUUAACUUUUGCUGAGUAAAUGACAGAGACGCUCCUGGCAGCUGCUUCUUUCUGCUCGGUACAGGUGUGGGCUCUUUCGUUCACAGCACAGAGCUGCCUGACUAGAGACAAGUGCCACUCUACAAUCCUAACUGUACUUUCUCUUAAAACGUCAAUAAAAUCUUUGCCAA